UGAUAGGGCUUGAAAAAGUUCAUAAACGCGAACCUUGGACUCCGUAUUUUGGUUCCAGCAGUGGAACAUUCGGGCCGACGUGCCUCCCAUUUUGACAGGCAGCAUGACCCCUUGGGCUGGUUUCUUUCUGCUGCAAUGAAGGAGAAACUCUGGUUCAGAAAAGAUGUCAAAUCCUGUACAUGAAAACAAAGUUGCGAUACUCCCACGCUGUAACGCUUCACUGAAUUUAAAUCAACACAGGCAGGACGUAUAACGCGGUUCGCACUCAUGUGUUCACAUACGCAUAAAAACGUGAAAAGAUUUCUCGUAAACGCUCCCGAUAAUGUUAUUAUUUGCGCGGCAUGUCAAUAUUUGGGCCACGCUAUAGGAGGAAACGUAUAAAUGAUAGAGCAAAAGAGCAGUCUCAAAGACUAUUGUGUGCAGGCAUUCAGGUAUUUGUUAUGUUCAGCCUGCGUUCAAACGUAGAGUCAUGGGCACUGGAGACGAGGUCAUUUUCUGGAAGAACUAAAAGAUAACGCGAACCUUGGCUUUUGUAUCUUGAGCCUGAGAGUGGAAAAUUCAGCCUCAUGUGUCCUCUAUUUUGGGACGACGCGAACCCGUCUGUUUUUCUUUCUUCCCCUCAAGUAGCUAAGCUGGUUCAGAAAAGGUGCCGAGCUCGAUUCGGGCGUGGCGAGGAAGAUAGUCAUCGUUACCGGGGAGAGAGAGUGACAAGGGAAAAACGACGUGGGGACAGCUACUGGUUGUUUACUGCACAUGUAUUUCUUUGUUACGAGUGGUGAAGUAUCUUACACUAUAGAAUACAGCUAGACGAGAUGCAUUACAUUACGUCUCGAUCUUUUAAUAGUCAGAGCUCGGAGGACCAGGGAACAGUGGCUGUGCUAAGCGAAUACAUCCUCUUAAUGAUACACGCUGCGACGUAAGAGCGGCGAAAUGUCAACCUCUCGAAGGAAAGACGCCUCCACUCCUUUCUCACCGGGCACCUUGGGAUCGUUGCGCUAUCAAACCAUCAAAAUGACGCGCCGAAAAAUCCAAAAGGCUCGUCCACUCAGUCUGUAUGCCAAGAAACGAAAACUUAAAUUCUUUGGCAUUGAUAUUCACGUAUUACAAUUCAACACUCACUAUACUAGGCUAGAGGUCGAAAACUGUGCGAAUUGUGGUGUUGAGUUAAUAAGAGUAUCUUGGGAGUGUUGCGUUAUCAAAUCAUUUUUAAAAAAGACGUGCUGAAAAAUCCAGCAAGGCGCAUCCACCCUGUCUGUACCCUAAGAAUCGAAAACUUAAAUUCUUUGGCAUUGAUAUACUACAAUUCAACACUCACUAGGCUAGGGGUCGAAAACUGUGCGAAUAGUGGUGUUGAGUUUAUAGAGUAUUGCUAACAGGAAGUUAUGUCGUAUGCAUGAGAAUGUUAGAUAAAAGUAUACAAGGAUGGCAAACAAUAGGUUGAUUCUUCGAGGGUGCGUCCCAUUCUCAAGCAGCUCUGCGGAAGGUUUGUUUUCAAAGGGUAAAUAAAGAGUCACGAAAUUCUUGGCCUACAUUAUGAUUCCCACAUUGGGUGCGUGCUGAGAAAAAAAGUGAUUGCCAAUCUCAAUGACUAGGGGAAGCCCUUGGAUUUCUAUAGGUUUAUUUAUAACCACUCGGGCGUGCCCUCUAGCUACAUAUAUAAGCCAGUGUCUCAGCAAAAUUCAUCAGAAACCGUUAACCUCUGAGCUACAUAAUAUAUAAGCCAGAGUCUCAAAAACAUUUAACAGAAGCCGUGUACCUCUGAGUUAGGCUACUCAUAAGCCAGUUUCUCAAAAACAAUUUACCAGAAGCCGUAACUGGCCUGUUGUAGUCUUUACGUUCUUCAUUCUACGGGACAUUAUGGCUUCAGCGUGGCUACUCCAGUCUCUGUGUACAACCUUACUGACCAAUGGAAAUCUGCCAGCAGGUCCCGGAGGGACGAAUGACACGUUCCUUUGGGCCAACACAACGUACGGCACACUAAAAGGAAAAGUGGUUUUUGAACCUUCAAUUCCGGUGGCAAUGUUCGCGGGUAUUCCUUUUGCUAAACCCCCAACAGGAGCGCUCCGCUUCAAAGAACCAGAGUCUCCUGACUCGUGGACUGGUGUCAGAGACGCCCUGGCGUUUGGGGACGAGUGUCUGCAGCGAGUGGCCCUCAAUGAUGCUUUCCGUGAUCCGAACGCUCGUCACAGCGAGGACUGUCUCUACCUUAACGUGUACACGCCCGCACGUACAGACUGCGACACACUGUUGCCCGUCAUGGUGUUUAUCCACGGAGGAGGGUACAAUUCUGGGUCAGGCUCAUCCUAUGAUGCUUCCUACGUUGCAGCUAAAGGAGUUGUCUUUGUGACCAUUAACUACAGGCUCGAUCUUUUCGGAUUCCUGUCCACAGAAGAUGACAUUAUGCCUGGAAACUAUGGGAUGUUGGAUCAGGUCGCCGCUCUGAAGUGGGUGAAAAAUAACAUUGCUUCUUUUGGAGGCGACCCAAAUAUGGUGACUAUUGUUGGACAAAGUGCUGGGUCAGCUAGCGUCUCUCUCCUCACUAUGUCACCGCUAGCCAAAGGUCUGUUCCACAGGGCGAUCAUGGAAAGCGGUUCCUCUCUCUCGCCCUUCGCUAUCGAAUAUCCAGGAAAUCGAAUGACCCCUCGCAUUGCGGCCCGAUUGAUCAGCAAUGCCGUUAACUGCAAUGACUUAAAUAAUUCAACUGCACUUUUGUCCUGCUUGCAAAAAGUAGAUGCAAAUACGUUGCUCAAGAAAUCUCUUGGAAUCACUGGAGCCGUACAAGCAACCCUCAUCAAUGUUCCUAGAGUAGAAACAACGUUUGGUUUUCUGCCAGACAAGCCAACUGCCUUGAUGUUUCGGGGGCAAUUCAGCCACGUAGAUACUCUGAGGGGGUAUAAUAGUGAUGAAUUUGGAGGAUUCAUUCCGGCUCUCGCCGGCCCACAACCAAUCACAAUGGAAGUGGCGAAACAGGUUUUGAGAGGUCAGACGGUACAGUUUACCAAUCUCGACCGGGUAAAGGUUCUUGAGGCGAUGGAGGCAACAUUUCUCAAAGAUAAGAAAACCCCUGACGCAAUACAGAGAGGUACUCUUGACGGUGUAGAUUACUUUAUAUUUGGGGCUCCAAUGAUAACGGAACUGGACGAUGUUGUUAUCCACGCUCCAGAAAAGAAACAUUACUUGUACCAGUUCAACUACAGACCAAGCUUCAGCAAAUCCCCACCAUGGAUGUCAGCCCUACAUGGACAAGAGAUGUUUUACCUGUUUGACGUUCAGCAGAAAAUGUUCACCGACACGGGAAAUGGUCCACCUAAUGCUGACGACAUUCUGGUAUCUCAACAGAUAAUGGAAAGAUGGACCAACUUUGCCAAGACAGGGAACCCGACGUCAACUGCUCAAAAAGGCGGAGCGACGUGGAACCAGUACAGCUCAACAAACUCGAACUGCCUUUUCAUCAAUUCUGCUUCCAGUGAGAGACUCUUGACCCCAACUAAAGUCGUCGAUUUUUACCGUAAAGUUCUCGACACUCUUCAAGAACCCAACCCUGCCCCUGCCUCGGCCCAUGCCGGAAAACUGUCUUCCAUUCCGGCGUGGGGAGUCAUUUUAUCGAGUAUCUUUGUCAUUCUGUUGAGACGUUGAUCUCUAUCAUUCUGUUAGGACGUUGAUCUCUGUAAUUCUGUUAGGACGUUGAUCUCUGUCAUUCUGUUAGGACGUUGAUCUCUGUCAUUCUGCUAGGGCGUUGAUCCCUCUCAGCUCGGGUCGGCCCUGACAAGCAGGCUUGAAGCCCACC